UCUCGCCUCGUCCAAGUGGCUCAGAGUCCACUGAGGAGGAAAGAGGGAAGCGUGGAAGGAGAGCAACAGGGCGGCAGACAGCAUUACUCACUCUGGAGCAGUUCCGAGUCAGCAGAGGAGAUGAACAGCGGCCUUUCUGCUGAACUCUCACAGGGCUGACUGGCCAUCACACACCCAAUUAUUAUAUUCUCACCAUUCUCCAGCAACAUGAGCUCCUCAUCAUCCAACCUGCACAACAAACGCCUACCCUCGGAGACGGAGCGAGGCCAGAGGCUCCCAGAUGUGGACGCAGCGCAGCAGCUGAAGCUGAGAGAGAGACAGCGUUUCUUCGAGGAGGUCUUCCAGCAUGAUGUGGACGUCUACCUGUCCUCGGCGCACCUUUGCAUCAGAGACUACAAGAGACCCCCGAUUGGCAGCAUCUCAUCUAUGGAGGUGAAUGUGGACUUGCUGGACCAGAUGGAGCUGAUUGAGAUCUCUGACCAGGAGGCUUUAGAUGUCUUCUUAAGCUCUGGAGGAGAAGAGGGAGUGCUGAACUCCCCACUGCCAGUCCAAGGAAACAACAACAACGAGGAAGUCAUCAGUAAAGGACUGUUUCGACACGUCCUUGAGAGUCAUGACGCCAAGUCCCGCAUGUCCUCCACAUCUUCAAACUCCUCCUCCGACAGCCAGUCCACCAAUACCAACGGGGGAGACACGCUUGUAGUCGGGUCAGACGAUGAAGAAACACACACCAGCACUGUCAAGAGGAGAGCUGCGCCUCCAGAGAUACAGAAGGUGAAAACUCAGAUUCCGUCAUCGUCUUCCUAGGACGCAUCCUCCCCACAACACAUCUCCACCUGCAGCACAGUAACUGACACCUCGGAGAGGGGCGAAGAGUGGACUUUGUGAUGCAAGCCAUUGAAAGAGGCCUCUCAACUACGACUUUCUUCCACACACUGGCUCUUAUUGCUGCUUUCAACCUUUGCUUUGACUUAUGAGUUGUAGGUUGGGCUCUGUGCGUGUUUUGGCGGGUAUAGGGACAGUGAAGUGUAAAUAAGGAGAUUUCCAAUGAAUUAUCACCUGUUUCCUUUCCUGUUUUGGCAUGUUUGAAAGACAAGAUUUAUUCCGUUGUUACUGACCUCACAGGAGUUGUAGUUGUACAAUGAAUUUUGUACAGUAUUAACCCAUCCAAGACUGUAAAGCAAAGCCAGGAACAAAAAACUAAUAAUUGCAUGAACUAUGACUUCAGGUAAAUUUGGUAAAAGGAGGUUUCUGAAUCUUAAAUGUGCUGUUUUUGAAAGCUACACACUGUCCUGGCAAUGCAAACUCUCAGUUUUCUAGCUCUAAUUUUAAAUGAAUCUCUAACAGGAUUUCUUUGUUUUAUCAAUAAAGGAAAGAAAAAUGUA